AUUAAAUCCAAUGGAAGCUCUUCAAAUGGACAAACAAAUAGACUCCCAUACCUUCAAAUUCGAUGACAUGGGAAACUGUCUGGACAACUACCAGAUCAAUGAAAUCAUCGGAGAAGGCUCCUUCGGUGAAGUAUACUCAGCUAUCGAUCUCAACACUGGAGAGAAGGUUGCCAUAAAGAAAAUUACCGAUUUGGACAAUGAUACAGUCGAAUUAGUUCGAGAGAUCAACAUCUGUAAACAUAUGAAAUCAAACCAUAUCGUUCAGCUCAAAGAUGUCAUCCCUAUCUACAACAAGGAGUCCACGAGGAACGAUAUGCUUCUGGAAGAACUUUACAUUGUAAUGCAGCUGUCAGAUACAGACCUACGAAAGUUGUCUAAAUCUGAGACAUACCUUACUACAGAGCAAGUCAAAAAGAUCAUGUAUGAGAUCCUCGCUGGGCUAGAUUACAUCCACAAAUCUGGACUUGUUCACCGAGAUAUUAAACCGGGAAAUAUUUUAAUCAACUUGGCUGACUGAAGUGCUAGAAUUUGAGACUUUGGGCUUGCCCGAAGUCUCUCCAAUUGUAAGAACACCGAACACAUAGUCAAUGACAAACUCCAGGAGGUUAAAAGCGACAGUGACGAGGAGAUUAAAAUCGAAGAUGACAAACUAACUAAAUCCCAAUCAAAAGAUAGAGCGAAUAUUAGUCGCCUCGAACCAAACAGGAUUGACCUAAUUUUGACUAAAUAAGAAAUCUUCAACACUCAGAAAAGGCUCUGGUGACGAAAUUAUAAAGAAGGAAAUCCUCAAAGAAAUGGAAUUUAAGCAAAGGAUUUCACGGGCCCUUCAAGAAACAGUGAAACAAAGAGAGGAAGGAGAGAGAGAACUCUCUCCUCAUGUCGUCACUCGGUAUUUCAGAGCUCCUGAGAUCAUCUUAAUGGACAAGAAUUACAACCAAAAAGUAGACAUCUGGGCUUGCGGAGCUAUCUUUUGUGAACUUUUAAAGAUGAAAAAGGAGAAUUGAGCUUCAUUUUUAUCAAGAAAAACAUUCUUUAAAGGUAAAUCCUGAGCUCCAUUAUCACCCUUGAAAAGGAGAAAAUCGAGAAAGAAAUCUAUAUGUGAAGUUGCUCUCGGUAGAGAAGGAGAUAGUAUAAAAUUAGCAAAAGUAAACGAAAAUGACCAAAUGAAUUGCAUUCUCAAAGUCAUAGGGACUCCCAAUAACGAAGACUUGAGCUUCAUGUCAAAGGCAAAGCAGAAAGCAUUUCUCAACACCUACGGAAAAUAUCAAAAGAAGUCAUUUAGCUCGAUUUUCCCUGACGAGGACGAGAACUGAAUCCAUUUGCUCAAUCAGAUGCUAGAAUUCAACCCGUUCUUUAGGCCAAGUGCUCACCAGUUAAGAUCUCAUCCAUAUUUUGCAGAUUUACAUGAAGACUACCUCAAGAAAAAGGCUGCAAAGAGUGGAACCACCAAGUCAGGGUCCGAAACUGAUGACGAAAUAGUGCAAGAGUGCAUAUUUGACAAGAAUGAGAGGUUAACCCAAGUAAUUCACCAGUACAAAAUCGAGCAGAAAAUCUUUAAUUAAA